AUGAUUCCAACAUUUAGUUUAAACAAGUAUUAUUAUGAAAUUGUAUUGAAUGAUUUAAGUAACACAUAUUUUGAUAAGAAUGAAAUUAUUCAAUAUAAAAUUGAAAUUUUGCCAUCAAAUAUUAUUCAACAAUAUUCUAAACGAAAGUUUCUUGUUAGAAAAGAUAGUCAAAAGAACUCAAGAUUUAUUACAUAUCAACCUGACGCUCAAUCACCAUCAAAGAAAACAAAGAAGAAUAACAUUAUUGAAAGUGAUAUUGAAGAUUUCGAUUGCAAUAUUAAAGAUAUUGAUGAUUGGGUAUAG